AAAACAGAAAGCAAGGCCUCAAAACCUAUAGCGGUAGAUUCUGCUCAGAUUCCUUCGGAGACCAAAGCCCGAGAAAAGACAAAGGGUCAGGGGGAGAAAGAACUACCUGGGCCAAAGCCGAAGAGCAGUGAGGGGCCAAGGCUGGAUGUUGGGAAGGAGAACUCCACUGUAAAGACUAUAGCCCCAGAGGUAAAAAAGUCAGAGGAUGUGAAGGAGGGGAACACUCUACCAAGCCAAUCACAGAGUGAGGACAGAGAAAAGACAGUGAUGUUGCCCAAUGGAAAGCUAGCAGAGGGAAAAUGGGAUGCACUUGAACAAAAGUCAUCUACUAGUAGUUGUACUACUACUGUGCAAGAAAGGACAACUGAUGAAAAGCAAGGAAUUGUGGUAACAAAUCCUACACUGGUUGGGAAUGUCGAGAUCCACCCGGUAACACAACUCAAGACAACCAAUGAGAAAUCAACAUUUUUCCCCAGUCCAGGCAAAGUUCCGAAGAUACUCUCUUCUACUGAAACCACCAAAAAACAGAGCCCAGUCGCUCCCCAACAUCCAUCCCUGAAUAAGCUCCCCUUACUGGGGGGCGGUGGCAGUGGCUUGCCACUCCAACGCGACACCCCCUCCAGCUGGCUAGACGUGGACCAUCGCUUUCCCAAGCCGAAGCUCCUCCGCCCCGCUGAACCCAAGCUCAGCUCAUCGGUCAGCGAGAGCAACCUCUUGGACACGUCCGGAGAACUGGACGACGAUGACUUCAUCGAGAACAUAAAACGCCUUGGCGUGCCUUUCUCGUUGCCACCGCGGCAGAACCACCACCACCAUCCUCCCAAGCCACCAUUCGCAAUGCCCGCUAUCCGGGAGGACCGCUUCGAGAAGACCUUUGACCCAGAGGAGUUCCAGUUCGGCCUGAGGAGGAAGAGGGAGUUUUCUGUGGAGACGACCCAGAGUCUUCUGCCUAAGCUCCAGAGGAACCAGGUCAAAGGGGAGCUGAAGCCGGCCAGGGCCAGCAUCACAGACCGGGACAGGGGCAGCAUCCUACUCAAGAGCCUCGACACCCGUUCCAGGCUCCUCUUGGAGAGGGAGAAGACCACCAUGGAGGAGGGUGAGGAGAAGAGGAAGGAAGGGGGUGAGGGGGAGGAGAAGGAAGAGGAGGAGGCGAAGGUGGUGAAACCUCGUAUAUCACGCUUGGAGGGGAGCUGUAUCCUUAGUAGCCUGAACAGCUCCUCCACCCGGGGCAAGAGGCCCGGAGUUCAACUCCAGAUGGACACCACUCCGGGUGGGGAGGUGUCUCCCACUGAGGCCCCUCACCUCCAGCCCAGCCCUUCACCAGUCACUAAGCCAUCCCAGACUACCCCCCCUUUCUCUGGGGAGCUCAGACAGGCAUUGGCCAAACAGCCCAGCCCUCCACCACCAGUCCCCCAGACUUCCCCCACUUCCUCUGGGGAGGCUACCAUCCAAAGUCGUAACCUGGGGAACAGGCCCACUGCCCAGUCUGCUGUGGUCAGUGACUCAGCUUCUCCGUUCCCGUCCUUUAACGACAUCAAGCUGCCGGAGUAUUUAGAGAAGUACCUUCCUCUCCGAGAGCCUGCUGGGAAACUGGAGCUGAGCACAGGGCAGGAACUGCUCAACUCAGAGGUUAUUGGAGGGAUGAAGUCACUUGAAGGAGGUGGUAGUGGAGACUUGAAUAUCAGGCCUGGACUCCUAAUGCUGGAUGGAAGACCGAAUCUUCCUCUGGUUCCUCCAUCCUCCCUACUCGAGGCCAUGGCCCAUCUGGCUGGCCCACUAGGGACUCGUACUGACCAUAGAGAGGAUGUGAAUGGAUUCCAUAGGCGACCAGGAAAGAUGGUGUUGUUUGAGCAUGAUCAGUUUAGCGGCCAGACUUAUGAAGUCUUCAGAGACGUGGUAGAUGCCACCCAGCUCCAACUGUCUCCUAGGAUUUCUGUGAAGGUGUUGAGAGGAUGCUGGGUGCUUUACGAGAGGCCUGGGUUCGAGGGACGUUCCAUUGCCCUAGAGGAGGGGCCUAUUGAGCUAACCAAUGUCUGGGCAGAUGCAGGGCCGCCAGGUUCACACCCUCAUGUCGACAUACCAAUGGUCAUCGGCUCCAUCCGACUGGCUGUAUGGGACUACAGCAUUCCCCAUAUUGACUUGUUCACUGAGCCAGAGGGCCACGGCAGGCUAGCACCGUACCAUGACGACACAGUAGAGAUCAGCUCCUUCGGUAUCCCACAGAACACAGCUUCCAUCAAAGUCAACUCUGGAGUGUGGUUGGUGUUCAGUGACCCAGGGUUCCAGGGCCUCCUGGCGGUGUUGGAGAAAGGGGAGUACCCCUAUCCCGAGGCCUGGGGGUUCAACACACCCUUCAUCGGAUCCCUCAGACCCCUCAAAAUGGGUGCCUUCAAGGUGGAGAAUCCUAAUGAAGUCAAGGCUGUGGUGUAUGAGCGGCCUGGCUUUGAGGGAUCCUGUCUGGAGAUCGAUGGGGAAGUGUUCUGUUUUGGAGAUGAAGGAGAUGAAGAGGCAUCAAACCUGGAGUCAAACAGACUGAAGUCAGUGGGCUCUGUGAAGAUCCUCAGAGGACUCUGGGUGGGGUAUGACCAACUAGGGUUUGAGGGUCACCAGCAUGUCCUGGAGGAAGGCGAGUACCUGGACUGGAGGGACUGGGGAGGAAUGACUGAUCAGCUGCUAUCUAUACGACCUGUACUGGCUGAUUUCAUGUCACCACACCUCAAGAUGUUCAGUGAGAGAGACUUUGGCGAGCUGGGUGCCAACAUCGACAUCUUAGAGCCUAUCAUCAAUAUAGAGGACACCGGCUAUGGGCUGAAAACGCAGUCUGUUGACGUUAUGGGCGGAGUAUGGGUGGCAUUUGAGGAGGCAGGGUUCUCUGGAAAGGCGUAUGUGUUGGAGAAAGGCCUCUACGGAAGCCCAGAAGACUGGGGGGCCCUCAGCUCCAAGAUCGCAUCCGUCAUGCCCGUCAUUCUGGAUAAUCUGGGAAAUUCCUCCAAGUUUAAGAUGCAGUUGUUCUCGGAGCCAGGGUUCCAGGGUUCUGUCCACGUUGUGGAGGACAGUGUUUCUGCCCUGCCACACGGCUUUUCCCUGGGCUCCUGCAAGGUGCUGGCUGGCAGCUGGCUGGCGUUUGAGGGCCAGGGCUUCACUGAGAGGAUGUAUGUGUUAGAGGAGGGGGAUUACCCUGAUCUGAGGGCCAUGGGGUGCGUGGAGCCCAACUCCUCUGUCCUGUCCCUGCAGACUACUGGCUUUGAGUUCUCGCUGCCCUCUGUCACCCUGUUUGAGAGGUCAAGUCUGCGGGGGAAGAGGGUGGUUCUGACCGAAAGCUCGGUUAACCUGCAGCUUGCCGGAGGCUGCAGCCUGGUCCAGUCUGUCCUGGUGGAGGGAGGCAUGUGGGUGCUGUAUGAGGGGAUCAACUACCGCGGAGCUCAGAUUCUGCUGAAGCCCGGCGAGGUGCUCGAUUGGCGAACAUUCAGUAGCUGGCAGCGAAUCGGAUCCCUGCGCCCACUGAUCCAGCGACAGGUGCACUUCCGGUUGAGGAGCCAGGAGGGCCUUCUAAUGUCUGUAACUGGGGAAAUGGAUGACAUCAAGCUGAUGCGUAUCCAGGCAACAGAGGAGAUGGGCGGAGUCGAACAGAUCUGGUUCUAUCGGGAUGGACAUCUCCACUGCAAGGUGCAGGAGGAUUGCUGUGUGGCUCCGUGCAGCGUGGCCAUGCCAGGCAGUCGUAUGGGCCUUUCACCUGAGCCUGGCAAACAACCCUCCUGCUGGAGCAUCACGCCUGAUGGCCUCAUCCGCUACACCGCCAGCCCUGACUUGCUCCUGGAGGUCAAAGGUGGUCAACACUAUGACAGAAACCAGGUGAUUCUCAACGCGUUUGAUCCAAACAAACCCAACCAAAGAUGGACAGUGGAGAUUCUCUGAGGUCUUGUUUUGAGAGGGAAGAACUAGGUGUAGUCUUUGAGGUGCAGUAUGGUGAGGGGCCUCAGCGCUCUGUGGCGCAGCUGCAGCGUGGGCCCCACACAAGUCUCAAGGACAAGAUGCCUCAGGAACAGAACAUUUGCUGCUGGAAGAGAAGCUUAUAUACAGUAUAAUCUUUCCUCUGAGGUCAAGAUGAAAAAUAUAUCAAAUUUCCUGGAUAAUCUAUAAUAUCGCAUUACUUCUUCACGAACAAACAGGGACAAAACAAUAGUAUUCAUUACUACAUUAUGGGAAAAUGGACUCAGACUAAACUUGAAAUACUUUACCUACCCUUUAAUAUCUGAUAAUAUACGAGUUUGAUGAGUAAUAUUUUUUGAUGAAUGUAUUUUUUUGACAUUUUAUUCCCUUCUGACAGUAAUGUCCUUAUGUAAAUAAAUAUGCGAUGUGAUUA